AUGAACGCUCAAAUAUCUUUUUACCUGAUCUUAGCAUCAGGCUUCAUUCUCAUUUUGCCAACAUUUGUGUCUUGUCAAAACCGGAACCGAAACUCUAAUAACAGCUCAUCAAACGGUCCUGGCAAUCAGACAACGGUCAACGCGGCCGUCAUAACACGACAAAUCGUUAGCUUCAGAAACGGCACAUCUAGUUCAUCUAACGUUAGCAUUCCUAUGAUCAUCAUUGGACCUUCCAACUCGGCACCACUAGUCUUAAAAAUGAUUUCUGCCUCGACAAACCUGGAAGUCAGUCAAGACCACCGUAGCAGCAAGCCAAAGGUGAUCACUUCAAGUUCAGUUGAUGGAGCAAUCAUUUUGAAACAGUUUGUAAGACGACCAAUAUUACAAUUAGUCAAAGAAACGCUUGUUCCUCAACGCAAAAUUUAUCAAGAGGUUUUACCUGUAAGAGAGGUGAUAAAAACCUGGCUCACCCAGCAGAUUCCUCCUCCAAGCUCACAAGUUUCAAGCACUCCAGAAACGUCCACGUCGUCUGGUGAUGAGGCAACGACUUUCUCCUCUUCUGAGUCGACCACUGCCGAUGAUUCUUCCUCAACUACCUUACAACCUCCAACAACAACAAGAGUGCCGACUAGGAGACCUGGUCGACCCAGAACGACUUCUACGACCACAACAGCUGCAACUACGACAGUCGCUGAGUCAGGAAGUAGCAGCUCAACUUUAGCAGAGAGUACAACAGUAACGGAAGCAGUUUCGACAACUGCUGUCAUGGAUUUAACAACGACAUCAAAGCCAACGACCACUCCUAAGCCUCGACCUCGGCCACGACCAAAACCGAAAACAACCACAACUGCUUCUCCAGAAAGUACCACAGCUGCUGAAGAGACGACAACUACUGCUGAGGAAUCGACCACUGCAGCCGAAGAGUCCACGACGACAUCAAAGCCAACGACCACUGCUAAACCUAAACCUCGUCCACGACCACGACCAAAACCUAAAACAACAACAACCACAACUACAACAGCUCCAGAGAGUACUACGGUUGAGGAGGAAUCAACAACUGCAGCAGAAGAGUCAAGUACGGCAAAACAGCCAACUACUACAUCUAAACCUCGUCCUCGACCAAGACCAAAGCCAAAAACUACGACCACUACGGCUGCACCAGAAAGUACAUCAGUAGCUGAGGAAUCAACAACUGUUUUGACUGAGUCAACUACUACGUCAAAGCUUACCACUACCUCAAAACCGAAGCCAAAACCGAAACCAAAGCCAAAGCCCACAACAACAACUGCAAAACCUACGACAACGACCAGGCCUAAACCACGACCACGUCCGAAGCCUAAAACGACGACAGCCUCCCCAGAAAGUACAACAGUUGCCGAGGAAUCGACUACAACAUCGGAGGAACUGACAACAACAUCAAAGCCAACUACAACGUCUAAGCCGAAACCACGUCCUCGACCGCGUCCCAAACCGAAAACAACGACAACAACAACUGCCGUUCCAGAAAGCACAACAAUUACCGAAGAACCGUCCACUGCAGCUUCCGAAUCACCGAGCAGCACCUCCACGACGACAGUAAAACCAACUACUGCUAAGCCUCGACCACGCCCUCGGCCAAAGCCAAAGACAACGACAGCGCCACCAACUACCACAGAGACUGGCGAAUCAACCACUGCUUCUUCUGAGUCUACAACUGAGCCCGAAUCUACAACUACAUCAGCUCCAAGCACAACUUCUAAACCUAAAAAGCCAACCAGGCGACCAAAUCGAAGAACGACGACCACCACCACGUCAGUACCAUCAACAUCAACUGAAGCCGAAUCUUCCUCUACUACAGAGGCUGGCACUACUGCUUCUCCAGAAAGCACCACUGCCGAAUCGACAACUGCCAGCGAGCCGAGCACAACAGUAAGUAGUACUACCACGACAAAGAAGCCUCGCCCAGGUCGUCGAACUACAACCACCACAGUUAGGCCGACUACCACCACAAAGCCUAAACCUCGUCCUAAGCCACAGCGAACAACAACGUCCACAACGACGUGUUUGCCAUCAACUGAAGCAGAAAGCACGUCCAUCACCUCAACCUCCACUGAGCUGUCAAGCACAACAGAAACCGCCACCUCAACUGAAACAUCUUCUGAAGCAGCAUCGUCAACUGAGCAGUCACCGUCAACCACCAAAGCACCCAAGAGAAAACCGACGAGAAAACCGAAAAACAACAAGAACAGGUAUUUGUACUGGAGAAUAUCUAGGAAAAAGUUAACUUCAACAGCUGCACCCGAUGAAUCGACAUUCCCGAUGACUUCUGCCCCUGAAUUAGCCUCCACAACUGAAUUUGACUGGGACAGUAUGGAGUAUAACUAG